AUGGCUGAAGAUGGUUUGCCUAAAAUUUAUUCUCAUCCUCCAACAGAAAGCGGUAAAACACCAAAUGAAGCAACCAUUUUCUAUGGGGCUGACAGCACUGUUACAAGAUCAGAAAAAACAAUUACUUCAGAAGGAGACCACAUUACUUCAGUAAAUGACUUCCUCCUAGAAACUGAUUUUUCAACAACUACAGGUAAUAAGCUUACCCCUACAAAGGAAAGACUCAAAUCAGAGGAGGAUGUGGAGACCCAUAUUAUUAAGCCAACAACUCAUCUGGAGAAAGAAGUUACCAGUCUGUCUGGCACUACAGACUCCAGAGCCAAUGAGUCUAUUACUGAAAAUUUCAUUUCAAUGAAACAUGGGAGCAUUUCAUCACCAGUUGCUACUGUUUCUUUAAUAGAUUUUUCCACUGACAUAACAAAAGAAGACAUCCUCUUGGCGACUAUUGAAACAGAGGAUGAAGAAAUCACAAUAACUUCUGAAGUCUCUGGCACACCAGAAGAAAGCAACACCAGCGUUGCUGACACCCCUGCUUUUUCAGCUGAAACAGGUGAAGCUGAUGUAAAUGAUAUUAACGCCUCGAUCAAAUCCAAUAUCCCUGCUGAUGACGCUGUCGCUGACUCCAUUAUACCUGAGGAUGAAAUCCCUCCUUCUACUGAAAAACACUUCACCACUAUUCCAGACAUAACUGACCUUGAAGAGGAGAACAUAACUGAAAUUGACCUAGCUAUUUCAGAGGAUGACCCCAGUGCUGUAACUAAAUUUACCGACUCUGAUGAGGAAAAGUUCAUCACCGUGUUUGAGCUCUCUACCCCUCCUGAAAAAGACAAAGAUAAUCCAGAAGAUACUCCACUAGCCGACAAAGACUCUACUGAGGAGGUCAAUAUUUGGGUGGAGAGUGAUGUUGUAAAUAAACCGGAAACCCACUCCGUUCUGCUCACUGCCGUUGAAUCCAGAUACGACUUUGUUCUCCCUGCAACAGCUGCUAUGAACUUCAUAGAUGAAUCGGCUAUCAACACUACAGGAGAUCUCCCUGAAGACAGCAGAGCAGAAUCUGUAACGAGCAUCUCUGAAUCACCGUCUGACGCUACCCCUGUAGAAGAUACCCCAAACUACCAGGAAGACACGUCUACAACUGAAACAGGAAUCUUUAAACUACUGAAAGAAGAUCCAGACGAAUUCAUGAUUUGA